UCCUAAAUUAAGCAAAAAUGAAUCUGUUGGACUCUCGAAGCUAAGCUUCCUCCUGCCAUGGCGACGCCGCUGGUUCAAAAACCCUCAAUCGACAAGCUUUGAGUCCUUCGAUUUUGCAGGCAAGUCCCUUUCAUUUCCGUACACAAAUUCUAUUUAUAUCAAUCAACAUGAUUGCAAUUGCAAUUGCAAUUGCACGCAAGAAUCUCUUCUGCUUAUAUCUGAACACUAAUUCAUUUCUCUGCAACUCAAAUCUUCAUUUCUUUCCCGCAUUCCAAUUCUUCUCCACUUCAAAAGUGGAAAGACAAAUCCCUAGCCCUAGAAUCUACGAUGUAUUGGUUAACAAACACCACUUCUCUCCCGAAUCGGCUUCACUAGCUGCAUCACGUUCCCCCAAAUCUAGAAGCCCUAAAAUAGCCGAUUCAGUACUAUCCUUCUUUAAAGAGAAUAGCUUUACGACUACUCAGCUCGAGAAAAUCGUCAUCUUUUAUCCUGCGAUUCUAGGGUCUAGAAUUGAGCGCAUCAGAUUCAAAUUCAAGGUAUUCCAAGACUUGGGCCUUUCUCCCGAGGAGAUAGCCAAUAUAAUUUCCAAGGAUAUUUGUAUUUUACAAUCAAGCACGAAGAAUAGGAUCAUUCCUUCAAUAUCCAAGCUCCAGGAUGUCCUUGAACCUGGUCAUGAUGUGGUCCGACUUUUAAAAAGAUUUGCCUGGUUUUUGAGAGCGGAUUUGGAGAAAUCCUUAAUGCCGAAUGUGGAAAUCCUCAAGAGCUGCGGUAUACCUAUGGAGCGUAUCCAACACUUUCUCUUUCUUCAGCCCAAAUGUUUCUUGGUGAAGCCACAUAUUAUGAGGAAAUCUGUAGACAAGGCCAUACAAAUUGGGGCAUCUAAGGCUUCUAUCAAUUUCAUUUUUUGUGUUGGUUUAUUUGCUCUUAAGAGUAAGAGGAUGUGGGAGGUCAAGUUGCAAACUCUCCGCGAUCUGGGAUUUUCUGAUAAUGACAUGUUCCUGAUUCUUAGGAAGCAACCAACAGUCUUUUCGACUUCUGGAAAUAAAAUUAAGAAUGUGAUAGAGCUUCUGGUUGCUACCGGGAAGUACGAUAUGUCCAGCAUUGUCACUUGCCCGUCAGCACUCGGGUGCAGUAUAGAGAAGAGGCUUGAGCCGCGGCUGCAAAUUCUGUGGCUUCUGGAAAGCCUUAUUAUGAUGAGAUUGGCGAAGAACACAUCACUCGGAGAUACAUGUGGAGGGCCAAAGGCGUUGAAGCUUUAAGCUGAUGAUUGAGGAACUGGUAUGCUCAUUAUAUACAGAUAUCCAGCUUAUUUAAUCACUCUUGUAGAUUUUAGCCUUGUAUUGCUUUUCUGCUGUGAAUUGUGACAUUUGGAAGCAUGUUCGUGUUCGUAUUCUUGUUGUGACUGCUCGUCAUGAGAUUAGAAAAAACUGGUGUUGCCUCUUUAGGUAGUGUUUCAUUUUGUCCGCCAAUGAGGCCUUGUCCAAAAUCUGCAAAGCUGAGGCAUCACAUCGAGUCUCGCCUAAGCGUAGUUUAUAGUCUUAUUUGGAGUUGGUCUAGUUUGUAUUAUUGCAGGAACUAUUGAGAAGUUGUGCAAGUUAUUGACAAAUCUUCUUAUGGAGUAUAUUCGAUGGAUUAUAGUUCCAUCUUAUUUGGAUUUCGUUAUUGCAGGAAAAACAUAUCCUGCUUUCAUUUAUAAAAAUUCACAUUUGAUUGUCGUUGGAUUA